AUGGGAGCCACUCCUUUCCAUCCCUCGAUCCUCAAGGUCCGGCUCCCGAGAAACUUCGACAAGCUGACGAACAUGAGGUACGAUGGGACUAAGGACCCCCAGGAGCAUAUCACAGCCUUUGAAGCAAGAAUGAACUUGGAAGGGGUAGAUAACACAGUCAGAUGCCGGGCAUUCCCCAUGACGCUGGCCGGCCCAGCGAUUCAAUGGUUCAACGCCCUCCCACAAGGAUCCAUCACAGCCUUCACAGACAUAUUCCAGUGCUUCCUGGCUCGGUUCACGACACACAUAGCCAAGGCAAAACACCCAAUCAACCUACUAGGGGUUACCCAAAAUCCCGGGGAGCCAACCAGGAAGUUCCUAGAUAGAUUCAACGAUGAAUGCUUGGAGAUCGACGGCCUCAUAGACUCAGUCGCCAGUCUAUGCCUAACGAACGGCCUGCUAAACGAGGACUUUAGAAAGCACCUCACCACUAAGCCCGUCUGGUCCAUGCAAGAAAUCUAA